UCUUCUUCCACCGUCAAAAACCUCUCUCCAAAGCUUCUUCAGUCGCUCUUCUAAUGGCGCUUCAGCUCAGCCUCAGACCCAAAAAUCUCAAAAACCUCAACGCUUCUUUCGCCCACCUCUUCUCCUCCAAUUCCUCCGCCCCAUCUGAUCCAAAUGACGACGCCGCCGAUACUUCUUCCUCCUUCGCCGCCGCCGAAGCUCAGUCUCCCAUGUCCUCUUACUUCAGCGACGUCAAAGCGCGCCUCAAACAGCAGCCACAAUCGAGUGCCAGAAGGCCUUCGUACCCCUUCACUUCGAAUCCAUCGAAUUCUCCGGCUUCGAAAGCCGCUUCACUGGAAGAAAUUAGGAAGAAUCUCUCUGAAUUUCGCAGCCGAUCUGCUGCGCCUCCGCCCUCCGAUCCCGGCUCCACAUCUUCCUCUUCUGCUCCGUCGUCUUGGGAGCGCGGUAUCUCGUUUCAAGAGCUUUACCAGAGAAGUGCGAUGAGGAAGGGCCAGGAUGGUAAUGCACCUGCUGCUGCCCGUAGUGGCAUGCUGCCAUUCGAUUCUAUUCGGGAGAGCUUGCGACAGGCGGCCCCGCCAAGGGCAGUGCAAAAUGAACGCAAGGGCGGGGAUUCAAUAUCUUUAUCGGCGUUUAAGAACAGCUUGAAAUUGAAACCAUCGGAUCCCGCGACAGCGCUGUCGCUGGGUUUGACGGGGAAAUUUCCGUCGUCGGUUUUUGGGAAGGAGAUGAGGGACAGAAAAGAUGGGGAGAAUGGGGGAAUGAAGACGGAGUUUGUGAAGAUGUAUAGCCAUGGAGAAUUGGGAAGCAAGUUGAGAGCUCUGAGGCCAGAUAAUACGAAAGGAAAGAAUUGGUUCUCAUUGGCGGAGUUGAAUGAGAGGUUGAUGAAGUUAAGGGCAAUGGAGGAGAAGGAGACUGAGUCAAGGAUUGGGGGACUUUCAUGCCAGGAUUUGAGAGAGAGUCUGGAGAAGAUCAAGAUGUCUGAUGCUGAAAAGGCAAAGAAAACCACGAUUCAGCGUCUCAAUAUCCUGGGUCAGCUGGGUCGAACCCCGGAUUAUAUGCUACAACCUCCAAAGGAAUAUCUGGUUGAAAAGUAUUUCCAUCCGGAUAACAUGUCAUCUGCUGAAAAGCUGAAAAUUGAGUUAGCAAAAGUUAGAGAUGAAUUUAAAAUGUCGGAGUCAGACUGUGGAUCGGCUCGAGUUCAAGUCGCACAACUUACAACGAAAAUCAAACAUCUGUCUUCCGUCUUGCACAAGAAGGAUAAGCAUUCUAAGAAAGGUCUUCUUGCAAUGGUGCAACUGAGAAAAAAGCUACUGAAGUAUCUUCGACGAACUGACUGGGACUCGUACUGUCUGGUUCUUGGCAAACUUGGUCUUCGAGACAACCCGGAUUACAAACACUGAAGUUACAGGUGGUAUCUCUUAAAUGCAUUCGAAUCUCUUUCCUGAGGUUUGCACUCAGUUUUGCUGGAAAGAAAGUUCACCUAGAAUUUUGUUUCAUUCAUAAUCAUCAUAUCAUCAAAGUGAGAGCUUUGUGCUUGUGGAUGGAUGUCCAUGAAAAGGCAAAAAAGGCUGUUGAUGCUUGGAGAUGGAUCGUGGCUUAUAGGAAAGUGCAAAUUUCUUAAGUUUUAUUUCUAUAGAUUAUAUUACCAAAUCCUGAUCUGAUGUAAUUCUUGUUUUU